AUGCGCCCUCCCGAGUACGAAGAGAUCGAGGAGACCCCACGAAGGGUGUGCGUCAGCGCGCCGCCGUGGGUGCACCGCAAGAUCAUCAACCCUCUCCUGGGCUACCUCCAGCAGGGCACGGACCCCUCGACGCUCGCGUGGUCCGUUGCGUGGGGCUUCAACCUGGGCCUGUGCCCCCUGCUCGGCAUCUCCACGCCCGUCUGCCUCCUCGCCGCGUACCUCGCGGGGCCCACGCGCCUCCACAGCGCCGCCAUGCUCGUCGGCAACGUCUGCUCCAUCCCCUUCGAGGUCCUCCUCAUCGUGCCGUACAUUCGCCUGGGCGGCGCCAUCACCGGCAGCGAGGCCGGGGCGAACUUCAGCCCCGUGUCCGUCUGGCAGCUGCUCAAGCACGCCCCCGCCGGGGCCCUCGAGGCGCUCCUCGUCGGCAUCUUCGCGUGGGCGCUGCUGCUCGUGCCGCUCGUGGCGGCGCUGGCGUUCGCGCUCAAGCCCGCCAUGCGCGCGCUGUCGGCGCGCAUCGCGCCGGACGGCGACGCGGCGCCGCUGUUCGACACGGGCCUCGAGACGAGCUCGCAGCGCGGCGCGACAGAGCUCUGGGGCCUCGCGUACGACCCCCCCCCGGCAGAGAUUGCCACGCGGGCAACGCGGGGCGCGGGGGGGGCGGGUGACGCGAAAGUGUGA